CAAAAAAUCUCCCCUCUCCAUUUUGUAAUAUAAAUUUUAUUUUAUUUUGUUCUUUUUCAAAAACCAACCAACAUUCACUAAAGUAUUUCAUUUUUUAGCCAACAUUUCCACAUUUUCCCUUUGCUCAAGCUUCAACAAUGGCGCUCAUUAAGUGGAAAUUCGAAGUACUUAUGGCUCUGUUUUUGAUUUUUGUUCUCUUUUUCAACUUCACCUCUGCUGUCCAGAAAGUCGGACAAAUUUGUGCUGUGCAUCGAAAUUGUGAUAAAGGACUUCACUGUGAAACUUGUUUAGCGGAAAAGAAUGCUCGUUCUCGUUGUACUCGAAUUCAACCUAUUAAUCCUCUCUCUAAGGUGAAAGGAUUGCCAUUCAAUAGAUACUCGUGGCUAACAACUCAUAACUCGUUUGCUAAAGUAGGCCUUAAAUCAGACACUGGUGCGGUGAUUCUCGCUCCCACUAAUCAGCAGGAUUCUAUUACAUCUCAGCUUGAUAAUGGUGUUCGAGGAUUCAUGCUUGAUAUGUAUGAUUUUGAUGAUAAUGUCUGGUUGUGCCAUUCCUUUGGUGGACAAUGUUACAACUAUACAGCCUUUAAACCUGCAAUAGAAGUUCUCACAGAAAUGCAGGACUUCCUGGAGAAAAACCCAUCUGAGAUUAUCACCAUAUUUGUUGAAGACUAUGUUACCUCACCUAAGGGUCUGACAAAGGUGUUUGACAUGGCUGGGCUUAGAAAAUUUUGGUUUCCAGUAUCUAGAAUGCCCAAAAAUGGGGGAGAUUGGCCAACAGUUGAUGAUAUGAUUCAGAAAAAUCAACGCUUUAUAGUUUUCUCUUCAAAACCUUCUAAGGAGGCUUCUGAAGGGAUUGCCUACAACUGGAGAUAUGUAGUGGAAAAUCAAUAUGGCAAUGGUGGGAUGAUUGCUGGCUCAUGUCCAAAUCGUGCAGAAUCACGUCCUAUGAAUACUACCACUAUAUCCUUGGUGUUAGUAAAUUAUUUCCCUACAAUACCGAAUUUAGCCUCCGCCUGCAAGCACAAUUCAGCUCCACUAGAAAGUAUGCUGAGCACCUGUUACACUGCUUCCGGGAAAAGAUGGGCUAAUUUUGUAACCGUUGAUUUCUACAAGAGAAGUGAUGGAGGUGGAGCUCCAGCUGCUGUAGAUGAAAUGAACGGUCAUCUAAUCUGUGGAUGUGCUAGUGUAACUGAGUGCAAGCCAAACAUGACAUUUGGAUCCUGCAAUGUUCCUCGAGCUGAUGCCACCACGCCCAAAGCAUCACCCAUUGCAAACAUGGGUUGUUCAAGGCAGUUGUUUCAGUUCUGGUGGAUCAUUGGGACUAUUUCUCUUGCCUCUUUGAUAUCAUUUUGAUCCUGUUUCUUUUGGCUGUGUAUACUGCCGAUGGUUUGUACAUCUUCCUUACCUUUUAAUUAUUUUUGUUUUUUGGGUGCGGGUGGUGGUUAGGGUUGUGCAAUAUGGAAUUCGUUCCUGUUCAGAAAUUCAGAUUAGGAAAAAUGCUAUUCAAUCCAAUUCGAUUGAAUAUUUGAAAAACUGAAUCAAGUGAUGUGGCCUGGUUUGAUAUUUUUUUUCAUAUUUGUUCAAGAUUUUUCUAGUAAUUCAAAAUUUGAAAUGUCUAUUUGAUUUCA